AUGUAUCGUUUAGCUCCAAAGUGCGGCCUCAACUUCAAACCAACAGCUCAAAAGCCAAUUGAAUAUAAGUAUGGUCCACGAUCUGUCGCCAUCGGCGAUUUCGACAAUGACACGGUUUUGGAUAUGGUUGUCGCCAAUCACAUAGUCAACAAAAUAGCGGUGUAUUUGGGAAAUGGUGAUAGCAGUUUUAGAGAUCCAACUAUGUAUUCAACAGGUGCCUACUCUAGUCCUUACAUGGUCAUAGUUGAUGAUUUUAACAAUGACUAUCAAUUGGAUAUUGCAGUAGCAAAUUUUGGCACUAACAAUAUCGGCAUGUUUCAUGGAUUUGGAAAUGGGUCUUUUGCAAGUCAAAUAGAUUUUUCAACAGGCUUAUCUCGUCCGAUAGCAAUUAUUGCCGCUGAUUUCAAUAAUGACUCAUUACUUGAUAUUGUCACCGCCAAUUAUGGAACUCACAGUACCAGUAUAUUCUAUGGACAUAGACAUGGAAAUUUUUCGUCUCCAAUUACAUACUCAACUGGUUAUGAUUCUUUUCCAUCCUCAUUAGCUGUUGGAGAUUUCAAUAAUGACAACUAUUUAGAUCUCGCUAUUGCCAAUUAUGGCACGAAUAAUAUUGGCAUACUUUUUGGAAAUGGCCACAGGACUUUUGAAAAACAAAUCACCUUUUCCACUGGUGUUGAUUCUCAUCCGUAUUCAAUCGCUGUUGGCCAUUUCAACGCCGACGGGUUUGUCGACAUAGCUAUCGCCAAUUCUGGAACUCAUGAAAUAGGUUUACUUCUAAACAACGGCAAUAGAACUUUUGCUAAUCAAGCCACCUAUUCCAUUGGUUCUGCUUCUCCAUAUGCAAUUGGCGUCGGAGACUUCAACCAAGAUAAUCGAUUAGACAUCGUCAUGACUAAUAAUGGCAUUGAAAAUAUAGGUGUACUUCUUGGACAUGCAAAUGGUAGUUUUGAAAAUCUAAUCAUGUAUUCAACCGGAUCUUAUUCUUCGAUUUCAGUGGCGGUAGGUUAUCUCAAUAAUGACCAGCGAUUAGACAUCAUCGUCGUCAAUAAUGAUACUGGUAGCAUUGAUAUUCUCCUUGGUCAUUAUGAAGGUUUUUUAAAUCAAACAAGGUAUUCAGUUGACUCUUAUCCACUAUCUAUAGCUGUUGCUGAUUUCAACAACGACACUCAACUAGAUAUCGUUACCGCCAAUCAGGGUCACAAUGAUGUAAGGGUCCUUCUUGGAUAUGAGAACGCUUCUUUUGCAAAACCAACAAGAUAUUCAGUUGGCUCUUAUCCACAAUCUGUAGCUGUUGGUGAUUUCAACAACGACACUCGACUAGAUAUCAUUGUCGCCAAUCGGUAUAGCAAUGAUGUGAGUGUCCUUCUUGGAUAUGGGAACGGUUCUUUUGUAAAAGAAACAAGAUAUUCGGUUAGUUUAUAUCCAUAUUCUGUAGCUGUUGGUGAUUUCAACAAGGACACUCGACUAGAUAUUGUUGUUGCCAAUUUUGGUAGCAAUGAUGUGAGUGUCCUUCUUGGAUAUGGGAACGGUUCUUUUGCAAAUGAAACAAGAUAUUCAGUUGGUUCUUCUCCACGUUCUGUAGCUGUUGGUGAUUUCAACAAUGAUACUCAACUAGAUAUCGUUGUUGCCAAUUCUUAUAGUGCUGAUGUAAGUGUCCUUCUUGGAUAUGAGAAUGAUUCUUUUGCAAAAGAAACAAGAUAUUCAGUUGGCUAUGGCCCACAAUCUGUGGCUGUUGGUGAUUUCAACAACGACACUCAACUAGAUAUCGUUGUCGCUAAUUAUGGUAGUAAUGAUGUGAGUGUUCUUCUUGGAUAUGGGAAUGGUUCUUUUGCAAAAGAAACAAGAUAUUCAGUUGGUCCUUAUUCAUACUCUGUAGCUGUUGGUGAUUUCAACAACGACACUCGACUAGAUAUCACUGUCGCUAAUUGGGGUAGCAAUGAUGUGAGUGUCCUUCUUGGAUAUGGGAAUGGUUCUUUUGCAAAAGAAACAAGAUAUUUAGUUGGCUCUUCUCCAAGUUCUAUAGCUGUUGGUGAUUUCAACAAGGACACUCGACUAGAUAUCGUUGUCUCCAAUCUGGGUAGCGACGAUGUGAGUGUCCUGCUGCAAUAUGACAGAGGAGCGAUAGCAUAUGAAAUGGCCUAUGCAUCUGGCGGCGGAGCUAGCCUACAAUAUGUAGUGAUUGAUGAUAUGAAUAAUGACACUAAUUUGGAUAUCAUCUUGGCUAAUUACGGUACUAAUAAUGUAGGUGUCCUUUUUGGAUAUGGAGAUGGCCUUUUCGUAAAUCAAAUGAUGCUUACCAUUGACUCAAAUUCUCAUCCAACAUCGAUUACUACUGGCGACUUCAAUGGCGACAGUGUAGUAGAUAUCGCUGUGGUCGACUAUGGUACAAAGCAAAUAGGUAUGAUGCUUGGAUAUGGGAACAGCACAUUUGCAAAUCAAACAAGUAAAGGAAUUAGUUUUGAUUCGCAUUCGUUAACUGUGGCUUCUGGCGAUUUUAAUAAUGAUAAACUAUCGGAAAUCGCUAUCACUUACGACGGCAGGGAUAACGUAGAUAUCUUUGUUGCAUACGAACAUGGAUCUUUGGCAAAAGAAACAAGAUAUUCAGUUGGCUAUCGUUCAUAUGCUGUAGCUGUUGGUAAUCUCAACAACGACACUCAACUAGAUAUUGUUGUCGUCAAUUGGGGUAGCAAUGAUGUGAGUAUCCUUCUUGGAUAUGAGAACGGUUCUUUUGAAAAAGAAACAAGAUAUUCAGUUGGCAUUUCUCCAACUUCUGUAGCUAUUGGUGAUUUCAAUGACGACACUCGACUAGAUAUCGUUGUCGCUAAUGAAGGUAGUGAUGAUGUGAGUGUCCUUCUUGGAUAUGGGAACGGUUCUUUUGCAAAACAAACCAGAUAUUCAGUUGGCUCUUAUUCAUACUUUGUAGCUGUUGGUGAUUUCAACAACGACACUCGACUAGAUAUCGCUGUCGCCAAUUAUGGUAGCAAUGAUGUGAGUAUCCUACUUGGAUAUGGGAACGGUUCUUUUAUGAAAGAAACAAGAUAUUCAGUUGGCUCUUAUCCAUAUUCUGUAGCUGUUGGUGAUUUCAACAAGGACACUCGACUAGAUAUCGUUGUCGUCAAUCUCAAUAGCCAUGAUGUGAGUAUCCUUUUUGGAUAUGAUAACGGUUCUUUUGCAAAAGAAACAAGAUAUUCAGUUGGCUCUUAUCCACAAUCUGUAGCUGUUGGUGAUUUCAACAACGACACUCGACUAGAUAUCAUUGUCGCCAAUUGGGGUAGCAAUGAUGUGAGUGUCCUUUUUGGAUAUGAUAAUGGUUCUUUUGCAAAAGAAAUAAGGUAUUCAGUUGGCCCUUAUCCAUAUUCUGUAGCUGUUGGUGAGUUUAACAACGACACUCGACUAGAUAUUGUUGUCGCCAAUUGUGGUAGCAAUGAUGUGAGUGUCCUUCUUGGAUAUGACAUCGGAUCUUUUCGAAAAGAAACAAGAUAUUCAGUUGGUUCUUGUCCAAGUUCUGUAGCCGUUGGUGAUUUCAACAAUGAUACUCGAUUAGAUAUCGUUGUCGCCAAUUAUAUGAGUAAUGACGUGAGUGUCCUUCUUGGCUAUGACUAUUUAGUUUUUGUGAAGCAAAUGAUGCUUAUGACUGGAAAUGGUUCCCGACCACAGUCGUUAGUAAUUAGUGAUUUUAAUAAUGAUGGUCUAAUGGAUAUUGGUGUCGUCAAUUCACUUACUCACAGUAUUGGUAUUUUUCUUGGAUAUGGUAAUAUAUCUUUUACAAAUCAAGCGACAUAUUCAACUCGUCCAUAUUUAUCUCCAUGCACUAUGAGUGUUGGUGAUUUGAACAACGAUACUCGAGUGGAUAUCGUUUUUGGUAGUUGUAACUCGGAUAAUGUUGGUGUUUUUCUUGGAUAUGGCAAUGGCUCGUUUGGAAAUCUAAUGGCGUAUUCAACAGGUUCAUAUUCGUCUCGAUACUCUCUAGCUGUUGGUGAUCUUAACAAUGAUACAAUACAAGACAUUGUCAUCGCGAAUCAUGACAACAACAAUCUAGGUGUAUUUCUUGGACAUGGUAACGGUUCAUUUGCAAGUAUCAUCCUAUUUGCGUUGGACUAUGGGUCCAAUCCAUUCUCUCUUGUCGUUGGCGAUUUCAACAAUGACAGAAAAUUAGAUAUUGCCGUCGCAAAUAAUGGAACUGACAGUUUAAAUAUUCUCUUGCAGACUUGUUAG